CAGGGAAGGGGACCCUUGAGAGGGAGGGAAAACCGGAAGUGGGGGACCCGAGGAGAGAGACCCCAGGAAAUGGGGCCUCCUGGGGAAGGGGUGACAACCGGAAGUGGGGGGUCUCGAAAGGCUGCUAGGGAGGUAGGGUGUGUGGGGCUCCAGGAGCGAUGGCCUCUAGACCUCUCCUGGUUUGGGUGGCGUGGGGAGGAAGGUGAUGCAGGAGGAUGGUGAUGCUCACGGGAUGAUGGUGAUGCUCACAGGAUGAUGGACUCAGGCACCCUGGUAGCUAAUGUCAGAAGAAAGUGACUCUCUGAGAACUAGCCCUUCUGCGGCCUCACUUUCCGAAAAUGAGCUGCCGCCAGCACCCAGGCCUCCUGGCUAUGUGUGCUCGCUGACGGAAGACCUGGUCACCAAGGCCAGGGAGGAGCUGCAGGAGAAGCCGGAAUGGAGGCUUCGGGACGUGCAGGCCCUCCGCGACAUGGUGCGGAAGGACUUCCCCAACCUGCGCACCUCUCUGGACGACGCCUUCCUGCUGCGCUUCCUCCGGGCCCGCAAGUUUGAUUACGACCGGGCCCUGCAGCUCCUGAUCAACUACCACAGCUGCCGGAGGAGUUGGCCCGAAGUCUUCCAUAACCUGAGGCCCUCGGCCUUGAAAGAGGUCCUCGCUUCCGGAUUCCUCACCGUGCUGCCCCACACCGACCCCCGGGGCUGCCCUAUCCUCUGCAUCCGCCCAGACAGAUGGAUACCGAGCAACUAUCCAAUUACCGAAAACAUCCGAGUCAUAUACUUGACAUUGGAAAAACUCAUUCAGUCUGAAGAAACCCAAGUGAAUGGAAUUGUCAUUCUUGCGGACUACAAAGGAGUGAGCUUAUCAAAAGCAUCUCACUUUGGCCCUUUUAUAGCCAAAAAGGUGAUUGGCAUCCUCCAGGAUGGCUUCCCCAUUCGGAUUAAAGCGGUCCAUGUCGUGAAUGAACCUCGAAUAUUUAAAGGCAUUUUUGCCAUCAUAAAACCAUUUCUAAAGGAGAAAAUAGCAAACAGAUUUUUCCUCCACGGGUCUGACCUCAACUCUCUCCACACAAACCUUCCAAAAAGCAUUCUCCCCAAGGAGUACGGGGGCACGGCUGGCGAGCUGGACACGGCUGCCUGGAACGCGGUGCUGCUGGCCUCGGAGGAGGACUUUGUGAGAGAGUUCUGCCAACCUGUCCCUGCCUGCGACAGCAUCCUGGGGCGGGCCCUGCUGCCUGAGGGGCUGACCUCAGAGGCGCAGUGCGAUGACUCCAUGCGGGCCGUGAAAUCACAGCUGUACUCCUGCUACUAGCCAGUCCCUCUGAGCAUCACCAGCUUUAAGUCCUUUCCUUUUUCUCUUUGGGGAGGCACAUGGAGAAUUUUAGGUGCCAUGGAUUCUUGCUCCUGCUAAUUAAGCUGCAGCAUGGAGGAAAAGCUGAGCGUGAGUGAAAGGGCAUGCCCUUUAUUACUUGAAUUAUUCCACGGAAGACGUGGAAAACGUCCGCAAUGAUUCCCAAAUUUGUGGAAUCCCAGUUUGCAACCAUUCAUCUCGAAGUUGUAUCUGGUUCUUAAACAUCUCAAAGCAGGAAGAAUGAGGACCAAAGUCACUUUGAUCCCAUCUUGGGGAGAAAACAACCCGAUUGGCCAGUCAGCACACUAUGAAACACAGGUCAAGCCUGCAUGGUGGCCACAUGUGAGACUUGAGGAGUUUGUGUCUUUUCCGUGAACCCUAACUCCAGACCUGUGUGGCUAAAAGAAUGCUGGCCAAAGAAUUAAGAGACCUGAGCUCCAGCGUCAGACAUGUGGCUCUGUGAGCCUCAGUGUCCUCAUCUGUAAAAUGAUGCUAAAUGAAAUGACACAUCCGGCCCUUUGGGCUGCUGAGGUCCUGGGGUUUGGUUUCGUUAUUGGACAUUAGACAUUGCUUUUCCACCUAGAAAGAGGACUCUCUAGAUGCAAGUGGUAGGAUCCUGUUUUCUGUGGUACACCUGGGCCUUUCCAGGAGGGAUGUGUCAGUCAGUCACCAUUUGGCCCUGCCUUUAAAGAAACAAGUAUGUAUAUUCCUGGAACUCAGUGAUACCAGCCUCCUUUUCCUAGUGAGGGUUAAACUUGAAUGGCUUUUGUGAGGGCAGGCAGGUGAGACGACCAGGUUCUUGUAUGAACUCCAUCCCUGAGAUUCUGGUCGUAUAAUUGUAAAGCUGGCAGCAGGGAAUGGUUAAGUUACUUGGGAUUCUGAAAUUUUGGUCUCUGGAAAUGAAUACAAGGUCACUCCUGAGGGCCCCUGCCCUCCCAGACUCCCGGCAUUUCUCUGUGUUGUGGAUGGGCACACUUUAGUCUAUCCAGCCAGAGUGGAUGUUUGUUCUGCAGUUCCAUACUUUAGACUCAUCCUGUCAAGAAUUUAGCCUUUGCCCAGGCAUCAUAUUAGGUGGUUCAUCUCAUGGCUUUUGACUUAUUUCCUUUCCUAUUCAUCCCAUGUAAAUGAUGACGUUAAAGUAACCAGUACUAUGUAUUGUGUGUGUACCUUCUCUGUGCAUUAUUAGGCCACCAGGCAAGGUGGAAGUGAACAGUACACCGAAAUUCCAAGGCCAGUCUGUUGCAAAUAAGCUGUUCAUCUUUAUAGCACUUUAAAAAUGUCUGGAGAGGUUGUUGGUAGAAGUUAUGUACCUCAUUAGUGCCAAUUCUAGGGAAAAUUCUUUUCACCAUAGAUACUAACCAUGGAUCCUCUAGAGAUCUGGCUGAGCUGAAAGUGUCAAAAUGUACACUCCUGGCUGCCUCUAGUUCCGUCUUGACAGUGCCGAUGUGACCAGCAUUGCUGAAAAGCUCUAAAUAGGACAAAUGGGGUGGCUAAUGCAGGUAGAGGUUUAAGACCCAUCUGCUUGGAUGGGAAAAUUGGUUAGAGGCUUUCCUAGUUCCCAAAGAGAUUUUUUU